CUUCAGGAUGUCUUCCUCCAAACUCCACGAUGCAGAUGAGGUUUUCGAUUUUAAUGAUGUGAUUCCAGAGACCCAGAGGCUGGACAGCAGCUUCCAGAAGGCCCGAGCUCAGCUCUCAGGCAAGGGCAGGCGGCAGAGGCCCUCCCGGUCCCGUUUGAGAGACAGCGUCAGCUCCACAGAGGGAGACGACAUCCCGGAGAAGAAGGUGGGUGAUAGCUACGGAAGCCCCCUCCACCGCCUGAGAUCCCCGCUUCACGGCUCUCUCCAGGUCUCCUCUCCACUCUCCAGUUCCUCACCGUUCAUUCGUGGCACUGAGUUCUCCUUUGACACCUCAACAGUCCGGAGGACAACCGAUCAGGAGGAACACCUGUCAUCACCCCUCAUCCGAUAUCGGCCCUUGACCAACACCUCUUCCCAGGAAGCCUUAGGGGGCACGCCCACCAGCUCCUCCCCCAAGUCCUGCCCCAGUUCUGACAGCUCACCCAUCUAUGCACGCCGGGAGAGGCACAGUGAAGAUGACAGUCGGGAUACAAGUCCUCCAGAGCCUGCCAGCCCCACUAUUGGACUUGACAAGAAAACCAGGAGGAAAUUUCUCGAUUUAGGAGUCACUCUCCGAAGAGCAUCCUCCGGGAAAAGCAGGAAAGAGAAAGGGGGCAAUCGGCUGUCUAUGGGCAACAGGGAGCUGGUGGAGGGCACCAGCCGUUCCUCAGUGUCACCUUUCAUGCCUUUCUCCUGGUUCACGGACAGCGGGAAAGGCUCCGCUUCCUCGGGCAGCACUGCCUCACCCUCUUCCUCUCCCAAGAACGAAGCCUUCAGCCGCAAGAAAUCUGCCUCACAGGAAUCCACCCUGAGCGAUGACUCCACUCCUCCUAGCAGCAGUCCCAAGACCUUGAGCACAGCACCCCCUGAGACCAAAUGUUCUUAUCCCUACCACACAUUGUCACAGUCAUCUGAUGAGUUCCUGGACGAACCUCUGAGUGCAGCUUCGAUGUGGAGCAGUCAGCAAGUGGGCCAGUGGCUAGAAAGCUUAAGCCUGGAACAGUACAUGGCAGAGUUUGCCGCCCAAGAUGUGGAUGGUCAGCAAUUGCUAAACCUUGACGGAGCCAAGCUGAAGGCUCUUGGAGUCAGCAAUUCUCACGACCGGUCUCUUCUAAAACGGAAGCUGAAAGAGCUGAAUGCGGCAGUCGAGAAAGAGAGGAAAGCUCAGGAAAAAGUGGAGAAGCAGAAGGAAAAACAAAAGAAGAAGGAGCAGGAACAGAAGAAGAGUUAGGCCAGCAGGAAUGGGAAUGACCGUUUCCCAGUGCACGUGGCUUACACCCUUCCUCCCCUCACUCCCGGAGCAUCGUGGGGAGGGUCGGACCAUCUGCAACCAGGAAAGAGGGAAUGGGAAAAGCAGGCAGGGCCCUGCUGAAGGUUACAGGUCUGGGUGGGAUACGCAGGGAAGCUGAACUUGCUAUGGGACCAGGCACAGUGGCAAGAUGGUGGCAGUACCACUGAUGAACCUCCUCCCCAAGGAAAGAGGGGUGAUGUCUCAGCAAACAGCUCCCCCUACAGUGCCUGGGCUGUACUGCACUUUCAGUGAGCCAGCAAGCCACCCUGCCUGCUGUGCUGUGGGGAGGGUGGUAGGAGGGUGUGGCACUGACCCUGUGACUACCUUCAGAGAACACCUCCUGACUUUCCUGUUGAUGCAGCCCUGUACAUGAUGCUGUUCAUUUCCAGAGGCCUAGAUGUGUUCACGCUCGGUGCCAAUUAGGUGUCCUGCCACACCGUCCCAUGCCUGUGAGCCACCGGGGUACCACGGCAGUCUCAUGGACACAAGCCACAGAUACACACACGCACACAGGCACGCAUCACACGUCCCAUCCCCUGAAAGAGUGCAUGGUAGUACCCUGUACUUCUCCAUCUCCUCUCCCUGAAUGGAUUCUGCUUCACAUCAGAUGGGGUCUGUUCCCCUCUACAUCUCCCUAUCUACAAGUCUUCAGUGGGAGAGGGAGAG